AUGGAUGUAAUGUUCUCAGUCGUGGAAUGGUCAGCGAUAGCCACAUUCCGGACCAUUACCCUGACGUCCGCUCCGAUAUGGGUGAACCUAACGAAUAUUCCAGCGGAACUAUAUUCAUUGAAAGGAAUCAGUUACAUAGCUUCGGGCAUCAGCGAGCCUCUCCACACGGACAAGAUGCGAUUAGAUCCGUUGAGUGUUGGUGAGGCAAAGGUCAAAGUGGAAGUUCAGUUAGGUGCUAUUCUGCCUCAAGCUAUAGAAAUUGAGGAUGAACAAGGCUCUGUAAUCACGGUUAAUGCCGCUUAUCCUUGGAUCCCCCCUAAAUGCAUCAACUGCGGGGAAUUUGGUCACAAGCUCCAAAGCUGCCCGGUUCGUCAAUCCCAGCCCCUACAACGUGUGGUCGAAACAGGGACUUCCAUUGAGACUCCAAAGACGGUAGACAGUCAGCUCACAAUCAAAGAUGUGGCAUCUGCUUCUACAUCGACUCUACCCACGUCUGUAUCUUUGGCCCCCAACACGACUAACGCAGGCGAUCCUCAAAUAGCGGACAUGAAUGCAGGGAUUCAACAACCUGAUAUACAACCUACAUGUCCCCAUUCCCCUUUACAGCAAACAAUCCAACCGACUAUACUACCAGUAAGGACAGAAACUAAACUUGUGGCUCAGUCAAAGAAGACAUCUAAGAAUUCUCAGCGUAAGUUUCAUUUCGACUCGGAAGACCAGUUCAUUCUUGAAGCACAGCGAGUACUGCGAUGUAGAGCUAUUUCAGCCUCCCGAGAUCCCUCUGACUUCACGGUGGUCGGAAAAUCUCGGAAGGGGAAUGGCCCUCUGUAG